AUGUUAUCUCUUGCAGCGGGAGUGUUUGGGACGGAUUACGAUGUAACAGAUGGAUCAGAUCUUUUGAAAGAAAAAAGUUAUUUACGCACAAUAGCUAAGAGCCUCAAGAAAGAUUUUAUAAGACCAAGAACAAAGUGGAUGAAAGCUAGCGAGUCAGUCUAUCCUACGAAUGCGCUAGGAAGCAUCAUAGCAGUAGCACAUUGCUUCUUCACGCAUUCACAUGAUAUGCUGAUUCGCUAG